GUACUUUGUCAACAGUUAUCUCUUCUUUCUUGUAGAUGAAAAUGCUCAUUAUUUUGGGAUUUUCAGCAGCUAUAGCCUUCACAGCUGUUUUCUUUUCUUUCCUUCAGCUAGGCAAAGAUAUCCUCUUUGAAACUGAAGAUAACUGCAUUACUGAGGCUAUCCAAAAGGGCUCUAGUCUAGUGGAUUGUGCUGCACAUUAUGCACUGAAAAGAAAUAUCCAAGGAAGGGGACUAUCAGCUCCUGCCUUGCUGCUGGCUUUCUCAAAAUUUCCUGAACAAGAGAGUCAAGAUAUUUCCCAAGCAGCUGAAAGAAUGGAAAUGUCAAUUCAAGUGCUGAAACAAAAGGUUUGCCAGAGGCACAAACGCUCAUUGCAUCCAACUGAUCUUUUAUCAGCUGAUCUACUUACUACAAUUGCUAAUAUUUCUGGAUGUCUGCCUUAUAUGUUGCCACCAAAAUGUCCAGACAAUUGCGUAGCUAAUAAAUACCGACUCAUCACUGGUGCCUGCAAUAACAGGGAACAUCCUAGAUGGGGAGCAUCCAACACAGCCUUGGCUAGGUGGCUUCCACCAGCCUAUGAAGAUGGGCUCAGUCAACCUCGAGGAUGGGAUCCCAGCAUCCGAUACAACGGAGUCCAGCUACCCUUGGUUCGUGAAGUGACAAAAACAAUCAUUCACGCGUCUAAUGAGGCUGUUACUGAAGAUAACAUGUAUUCUGAUAUUAUUAUGGUAUGGGGACAAUACAUAGACCAUGACAUUGCAUUCACGCCCCAAAGCACAAGUAGAACCACCUUCCUAAACGGAAUGGAAUGCCAGACAACAUGCAAAAAACAAAACCCAUGUUUUCCAAUAAAGGUGACCACCAAUGAUACAUUAUCCACAGGGAUGGAUUGCCUGCCCUUCUACCGCUCAUCUGCUGCAUGUGGCACUGGUGAUCACAGUAUUCUCUUUGGAAAUCUGUCAGCACUAAAUCCAAGACAACAGAUCAAUGGCUUAACUUCUUUCCUUGAUGCUUCUACUGUUUAUGGCAGUACCCCUGCUGCUGAAAACAAACUGAGGAAUUUAACAAGCAAAGAAGGCCUUCUUAAAGUAAAUGAUAAAUAUUACGAUAACCAUCGGGAAUACCUGCCUUUUACAGACCACAUCCCAUCACCUUGUGCACAAGAUUUGAAUGCAAGUGAAGGUGAGAGGAUUGAAUGCUUUAUGGCUGGGGACAGCCGCUCCAGUGAGGUCACAUCGCUGGCAGCUAUGCACACACUAUGGCUGAGAGAGCACAACCGCAUGGCCCGAGCCCUCAAAAACAUCAAUGGUCACUGGAGUGCUGAGACAGUGUACCAAGAAGCACGAAAAAUUAUUGGUGCUCUGCAUCAGAUUAUUACUUUAAGAGAUUACAUUCCCAAAAUCAUUGGUCCAGAUGCUUUUAAUAUGUAUAUUGGCCCUUAUACAGGUUAUGAUCCCACAUUGAAUCCUACAGUUUCCAAUGUAUUUUCAACAGCUGCCUUUCGUUUUGGUCAUGCAACGAUCCAACCAAUCGUAAGGCGAUUGAAUGCACAGUAUUUAGAUGAUCCAGAAUUCCCAAAUCUUCAUUUGCAUGAAGUUUUCUUUAGUCCUUGGAGGCUCAUUAAAGAAGGAGGCUUGGAUCCUUUACUAAGGGGUCUUCUAGCACAUUCAGCAAAACUGCAGGUGCAAGAUCAACUGCUGAAUGAGGAGUUAACAGAAAAACUGUUUGUGUUGUCCAAUAAUGGUUCACUCGAUUUAUCAUCAUUAAAUUUACAGCGUGGCCGUGAUCAUGGACUCCCAGGUUAUAAUGACUGGCGAGAAUUCUGUGGUUUACCAAAACUGGAAACUCACACUGACUUGAAUACAGUAAUAACCAAUCGAAAUGUCACUGAAAAAAUCAUGGAAUUGUACCACAAUCCUAGCAAUAUUGAUGUUUGGCUUGGUGGUCUUGUAGAAGACUUUCUUCCAGGUGCUAGAACUGGUCCCCUGUUUGCGUGUAUAAUUGGAAAGCAAAUGAAAGCACUAAGGGAUGGUGACCGAUUUUGGUGGGAAAAUGAUAACGUUUUCACAGAAGCUCAAAAACAUGAACUCAAGAAACACUCAUUGUCCCGCGUCAUUUGUGAUAAUACAGGAAUUUCUGAAGUGCCAGGAGACGCCUUUCAACUUGGAAAGUUUCCACAGGAUUUUAAACAUUGUGCCAAUAUACCUGGGAUGAAUUUAGAAGCUUGGAAAGAAUUUUAUCAGGAAGAGGAAAUAUGUGGAACACCAAAGAGUGUAGAAAAUGGUGAUUUUGUAUACUGUUCAGAAACUGGAAAAUCUACAGUGACUUAUUCAUGUCAAUAUGGAUUUCAAUUACAAGGAGAAGAGCAAUUAACCUGCACAAGUAAAGGAUGGAACUUUGAGGCUCCUGUUUGUAUAGACAUCAAUGAAUGUGAAAAUAAAAUUAAUCCACCAUGCUCUCCUUCUGCUAAAUGCAUUAACACUAAAGGCAGCUACAAGUGUCUCCAUACUGAACCUUACAAGCUGGCAGAAGAUGGAAGAACAUGCAUUGGUAAUGCUUGUGAACCUACUCUCCAUUAAAACUUUCUCUGUUCUGUUUUAUAAUGCUGUAAAAAUCAUAAAAUUGAGAUUUAUUGAAGAGUUGUUAACACACGU